CGACGCCCUCACGCGUGUCCGUUGAAUCGCCAGCCUCGUCGUCGUAACGAUGGCGUCCACGUGCUCCUUCGUCGGCGCCACCGCGCCCAUGCGCGCGCGCGUUACCGCGCGCCGCGGUCGCGCGCCGCGCGCGUCCGUCGCGCCGCGCGCGGAGACCUCCGCGGUCACGUGCGCGGUCACGCCCGCGACGGUCCAGCAGCGGUCCGGCUCCGCGACCGUCAAGGGGACGUCGCGCAAGCAGAACGAAGACCGCUUCGCCUCUUACGCGAACGCGAACGCGCCGGAAGGCACGCCGUACGCCAUCUACGGCGUGUACGACGGCCACGGCGGCUUCGCCGUGAGCGAGUGGCUCAAGACGAACCUCGCGGACAUCAUCCUGAAGGAGUGGCCGCGGGCGGAUUUCUGCCUCGAGGCGCUCUCUCAGGCGUGCGUGAAAGCGGACUACGAGCUCGUGCAGCCGCCCCCGGGCAUCAUGGGCGCGUUCGGCGAGAGAGGCGUCGGCGGCUCGAAGUGCGGCUCCACCGCGGUCGUCGCGACGCUCUUCCAGGAGGGCGGCUCCACGAAGCUGUGCACGGCGAACGUCGGAGACGCCAGAAUCAUCCUCGUGAGAGACGGCAAGCCGGUGCAGAUGUCCGUGGAUCACAUCCCGGACGACGAGAUGGAACGCCGACGGAUCGACGCGGGGAACCCGAACUUGAGGAAGUCGCUCGUGACGUUCACGGAGGGGAGCUGGCGCGUCGGCGGCGUCCUCGCGUUGUCCCGCGCGUUUGGCGAUUCGUUCUUGAAAGAGUCCGGGAGGUUCGAAGGCUUCGGCGAGCGGAACGCGGACUACGGCUCCGGGUUCGGGUUGAACGCGGAGCCGGACUGCUACAUCGAGCAGCUCACGGACAAGGACACGUGGCUGAUGAUGUCGUCGGACGGUUUGUUCGAGAACAACGCCCGAGGCGGCGGCGGCGGAUUCACGAACGAAGAGAUCGCGGAUUUCCUCACCGCGGCGUCCCCGGACGCGACCCCGGAGUCGCUCGCGAAGGAGCUGUGCAGCAUGGCGGUGUCCAAGGGCAGCACGGACGACGUGACCGUGACCAUCAUGAAGCUGUGAGCGGCGGCGCGAGCGAUGCGUGAACCGGUCGGUUGGAACGGCGGGGAGGGGCGCGGGGCGGAGCGCGAGCGGGGGAAAAGGUCAGUCGCGGCGGCGGCGGCGACGACGGGGGGCGACCGAGAGAGAGCAUUAGAGCACGGACGCGCGCGCGUUCGUGCGACGGAGUAUUACCGCGCGCGGAUGCUUCCGCGCGCUUACAGAUAAAACGUACGCAAACACGC